GCCUGUGACUACUGCUUAUCGCCUUGACUGGUUCUGGCCGGACCUCUCCCCUCUCUAGUCUCUUCCAUUCUCUUCCAGCGACUUUUCCCUCCUCUCACACCUUUUCCUCUUCUGUUCAUCCUCGACCUUAUUUUCUUCGUUCUAUUCCUCUCCUUUUAGUACUCUAUUAAUCGCUUUUACUACUCCCCAUGGCCACUUCUGCUUUCUCUCUCCCUCAAUAGUUCUGCUCCCUCCGUCCCCGUUCGCUGCAACCAGGUACAGUAUUCUCUUCUCCCUCUCACCCAACGUCAUAUUUCUUCUCAGCUUAUCAUAAGUGUUUCAGAACUAACAUAUGCCUCUAGUUCUAUCUAUCUACGUGUCUUCUUUUUUUUUUUUUUUUGCGCGGACAGAAAAGUCUCCCUCCUCGUUUCCCCCCCUCCCUCUAAUUCGCGAUGUCCGAGCACGAGACCCCCCGCGUCCCCGACGGCCAGCCAGAUCCAGUCAUGGUCGGUCCCGGUAUGAAGACCUUGGGCGACGACGCCUAUAGCAAGGCAUCCACUGUCACUCCCAGCCUCAACAUCGAUAAGAAGGACCCCGUUGCCAGCGACACUCCCUCCUACUUUUCUGACAACCCCGGCACUCGCAACGCUCCGCCGCCCGAUAGUGAUAGCGACGUCACUACUCCCGCCACCCCCGAACAGGCUGCAAAAAAUGCGAAAUCGGGAAGGGAACUGUUGCGCCGGUUGAGUCUAGUGGGAGGUACGCCACAGACUAUCCCGGAGCCUGACCCUCGCGAACAGCACCCCGGAUUACGCCUCUCCGGGCGAAUCAUCAGUGCCGCCUUCUGUAUACCUUACAAGUUGUACUUUCAGUCGGGAUCGGAUUGGGAACUUAAAACCCGCCGCGGUACGUCGGCGCUGUUUGACUCGUUCGCCUAUCUCGGUUCUGACAGCACAAAAUGGUCACAUACAUUAGUCGGGUGGACAGGCGAAAUCGAGCCAAUUGAAAGUGAGAAAUUCCCGUUACAGCACAUCCCCGCCAAUGUCGGCGCAAAACCCCAAGGGCCCUCCGGUGCAACCACCGGCCCCGUUCCCUUGCCCGUGAACAAAGCUGCGGCUCCAGUCCCCGUGGAUGCCAGUCAAAAGCAACCCGCCCAUCCCCUUUUGGAAGGGAUAAGGGUUACGAAAGAGGACCGUGAUCGCCUGGAUGCGCAAUUGAGUUCCUGUCGCUACGGUCGAAUUGCUCCUGUGUGGCUCACGGAUGAAACCGAAGACCAGGAACCGGAAGAUACAUUAUUGCUAGAAGACCAAGGGCGAUGGAGACGCUAUGCUGAGCGGGAAUUAUAUCCGCUUUUACACUACAAGCAGCACGGUCCUACUGAUGGCCGGUGUGAACGUAGUUGGUGGGCGGACUAUGUCCGCAUGAAUCGACUGUUCGCGGACCGCAUCCUGGAGGAGUAUCAGGAAGGGGACAUAGUUUGGAUUCAUGACUACCACCUAUUCCUCUUACCCAUCAUGCUGCGCCAACGGAUCCCCAAUCUCUUUAUUGGAUUUUUUCUGCAUGCCCCAUUCCCCAGCAGCGAAUUUUUACGGUGUCUCGCGAAACGGAAAGAAAUCUUAACGGGUGUGUUGGGUGCCAAUAUGCUCGGGUUCCAGACAUUUUCAUACUCCCGUCACUUUUCGUCUUGCUGCACGAGGAUCCUUGGCUUUGAUUCGAAUUCUGCCGGAGUGGACGCAUACGGCGCGCACGUGGCUGUGGACGUGUUUCCUAUCGGUAUUGAUUCCAAAGCGAUCCAAGAUGCUGCAUUUGGUGCCCCAGAAAUUGAAAAGGCAGUCGCAGGACUUCGAAAAUUAUACGCUGGAAAGAAGAUCAUCGUCGGUCGUGAUCGAUUGGACAGCGUCCGUGGAGUGUCGCAAAAAUUGCAGGCUUUUGAAUUGUUCUUGGAGCGCUAUCCAGAAUGGCGCGACAAGGUUGUGUUGAUUCAAGUCACUAGUCCGACUAGUGUCGAGGAAGAAAAAGAGGACCCGGAAAACAAGAUUGCUAGUCAAGUCUCCACUUUGGUUGCCAGCAUCCAUGGCCGAUUUGGCUCGUUGAGCUCUUCGCCUAUCCAAUACUACCCACAGUACCUGACCCCGCACGAGUAUUUUGCUCUAUUGCGGGUGGCCGAUGUUGGGUUGAUUACGACAGUCCGGGAUGGCAUGAACACGACCGGUUUAGAGUAUGUUAUCUGCCAACAAGAGAACCAUGGUCCGUUGAUUCUCUCCGAGUUUUCUGGUACCGCUGGUACCCUGUCCAAUGCGAUUCACAUCAACCCUUGGGACCUGGCAGGUGUGGCUGGCGCCAUCAAUCAGGCAUUGACCAUGUCCCCUGAGGAGAAAGAGGAACAGCAUACGAAACUCUACAGACAUGUAACUACGAACACGGUAGGAACAUGGUCCAAACAAUAUUUGAACCGCCUUCUCACCAAUCUCUCUUCCUUUGAUCAAUCCGAGUCGACCCCGGCACUCGAUCGCGCCAAACUGUUGAGACAGUAUCGCAGAGCCCGAAAGAGGUUGUUUAUGUUCGACUAUGACGGAACUCUCACACCCAUUGUCAAAGAUCCACAAGCGGCUAUCCCAUCAGACCGCGUGCUGCGAACCAUUAAGAGCCUUGCGGCUGAUUCCCGCAAUGCCGUCUGGAUCAUCAGUGGUCGUGAUCAGGCCUUCCUGGAUGAGUGGAUGGGCCAUAUCCCCGAACUGGGUCUGAGUGCGGAGCAUGGCUGCUUCAUCCGAAAGCCUCGGUCAGACGACUGGGAGAAUCUGGCGGAGAAAACGAACAUGGGAUGGCAGAAGGAAGUCAUGGAGGUUUUCCAACACUACGCGGAACGGACACAGGGUUCCUUCAUCGAACGGAAACGGGUGGCCUUGACCUGGCACUAUCGCCGGGCAGAUCCUGAAUACGGUGCGUUCCAGGCUCGAGAGUGUCGGAAAGAGUUGGAGGAGACAGUGAUGAAGAGGUGGGAUGUAGAAGUGAUGGCUGGCAAGGCGAACCUCGAAGUCCGACCGACCUUUGUCAACAAGGGUUUCAUUGCCACUCGUUUGGUUGACGAGUAUGGCACAACUCCUGGAAACGCCCCCGAGUUCAUAUUGUGUCUAGGUGAUGAUUUCACUGAUGAAGACAUGUUCCGUGCUCUUCAAAAAUCCGACCUGCCAUCCUCUCAUGUCUACUCAGUCACCGUCGGCGCAAGCUCGAAACAAACCGAGGCCAGCUGGCAUCUCCUCGAACCCGCCGAUGUGAUUGGGACGAUCGGGAUGCUGAACAACAGCUCGAGUAAUCAGGAGUAUUAGAAGUCUUAUUUACUUGCUUUUUCUUUGAGGAUCUAAAAGAGGACUUUGGAUUCGAUUUCGAUUUCGAUUUGCUCGCACGAUAUAUACUUCACAUACAUUUCCAAAACCGCUCGUGCCCGUGCCCUGUCACGUAGAGGGAUAUGAAGGAGUUAGGUUAUACUGGCGUAUUGACGAUUUUUUGUGUCAUUUCUGCUCUAGUAAUGACAUGGAGCUGCUGAUUUGGGAUCACAACGGUUUGUUAUAGAUAGACAUGUUUAACCGAAUAUAAAUAUAGAAGAAAUGU